AUGGACCCUGCUGGGGACAGGGCCGAGUUCCGCAUCCCCACUGUGGGCCGGCAGCACGGAGGGAGCUACAGCUGCAGCUACCGGCCCCGAUCAGAGCCCUUCGUCUCCUCAGAGCCCAGCGACACCGUGGAGUUGGUGGUAGUAGGGCGAGAAUACCCCAAACCCACCAUCUGGGUGAGCCCCAGCAGGGUGGUGGCACUCGGGGGAAGUGUCACCAUCCGCUGUGAGGGUCGGUACCGGGGCAUGGAGUUCUUUCUGCGUAAAGCUGGACACCCGAACCUGCAGGCGCAGUCGGUGCCUGAUUGGACUGUGGCUGAAUUUCCCAUCCCCAGCGUCAGCCGGGAAGAUGGAGGGAGCUACACCUGCGACUAUCGCUCCAUAACAGAUCAGAAUCGCUGGUCAGAUCCCAGCGACCCCGUCGAGAUCAUUGUAGCAGAACCCAGCUACCCCAAACCCAACAUCUCUCUGAGCCCCAGCGGGGGGGUCUCCCUGGGGGGAGCCAUGACCGUCCGGUGUUGGGGGCAGCGCCGGGGCGUGUGGUUCGUGCUGUAUAAAAAGCGACACCAUUUCGCCCCUGUGGAUUUGGACGGGUUUGAGGCUGUGUUUCCCAUCAGCAACGUGCGCCGGGAGCACGGCGGGAGCUACAGCUGCUCCUAUCACAGCAGAUCGGAGCCGUUCACCGUGUCGUACCCCAGCGACCCCGUGGAGCUAGUGGUGAGAGAUCCCAGUUUACCCAGACCCUCCAUUUCUCUGAGCCCCACUGGGGUCACCGCCCCAGGGGCAGAUGUCACCAUCCGGUGUCAGGGGCAGCGCCGGGACAUGAGGUUCUUCCUGCACAAGGCUGGAGACCUAAACCCACAGCGACACAUGGACCCUGCUGGGGAUGGGGCCGAGUUCCUCAUCCCCACCGUGAGCCGCCAGGAUGGUGGGAACUACAGCUGCAGCUACCGGCUCCGAUCAGAGCCCUUCGUCUCCUCGCAGCCCAGCGACCGGGUGCAGCUGGUGGUAGCAGGAUCGGAAUCGCCGGCACCUCCGGGUCUGACCAGCCCCAUCAUCGCUGGGGUGAGUGUGGUAGCUGCUGUCCUCCUCCUCCUCCUUGUGGCCUUCGUCUGCUUCAGAAAAACCCGAGCCAGAAAAGGAGCCGCACCGAGACCAAGCAGCACCAGCCCUAUGGUGGCAUUAAAGGCACCGGCUCAGGAAGACCCCACCUGUGAGUAA